AUGAUUCGCAACAAAAUAUUUCUCAAGUUUGCGAUCAUUUGUCUAUUGAUUCAAAAGACGUUAAACACCGACAACUUGUCCGACAGUAUCGAAACGGAUUAUUCACUAGACGUCGACUCGUAUUCAUCACCCAAUGAAACAGACAAUAGCUCUUCGAGUGUCGACGACUAUAUGAAGACAACAAUAGAGCAAACGGUUAUUAACACAACCAAAUUGGGACCAAUUAUGUCGACAAUACCCAUCACUUUGGGAACUACUGUUCCGACGGUAACAGAAACUACGGUCACAACUGAGACGAUGCGGAUUAUGAAAUGCAAUACUGACGGGCAAUACGAUGGCGAGUAUGGGAUCGGUCACUGGCCACCAGUGCCUGCGGGCGACCAGUCAUGUGUGGACUGUCCGGACAUGAGUGAUGGUCAGGCGUGUUGGCACUGUCUGGACACCGGCCUAUUGGCGCCAAACGGACCCAAUUGGAUGCUUUGUAACCACUGGUUGCACGAGUUGGUCGAAACGGACAUCGAUUGUAUUGAUAAGGCUAUCGGCGUUAUGGACACAAUCGCCAAACAAACCGUUAAUAACAAUACUAUAGUCUAUAGCGUAAAGUUGUCGCAAGUGUUGAGUAUCGUAACGAAAGUGCAGUCCUUUGUGGACACCAGCGACGGCGGAACCGUUGCCAUCGAUGUCUGGAUCGACUACAUGGACAAAGUGGUCGAGUCGUUGGCCCACAUAUUGGACCAGAAGUACGCGUGGAGUAACUCCACCGACGAUGAGAAGACAACGUUGGCCUCAACGAUACUGAUUAACGCCCAGUCAUCCGCUUAUACGCUAUCUCUGCAGCAAAACAUGUCCACUGAAUCCGUGGUUGAAGUCUUCAACGAAGACUUUUAUGUGAACACAUUCUUCCGGUAUGUGAACAAAGAGUUACGGUUUCCGAUCAACACAUCCCAUCACUCGUCGAUUAUCAUACCGUCUGAUAUCGUGGUCAUUGACACCACCGGUGAGGCCAGCCAUACGGCCACCGGUGCUAUCAUUCGCAAUAUAGACGCCUAUUUGUUGGCCAAUAUUACCGAUGAUUACGAAAUCAAUUCAGACAUCUUAUCGUUUAGUUUGACAAACAAUUCAAACAUUUUAGACCUCAAUAAAGAGGUGAUUAUAACUCUUCAACACAAACAGCGGCUAAUGUUUGGCGAUGAAAGCGAUUGCGUUUUCUGGGACUUCAAUGCCUCGCAAUGGAGUUCCAGAGGUUGUGUGAAAGACGUGACACAAUCAGACUUAUGGCAUACGGUCUGCAAAUGCAAACACUUGACAAACUUCGCCGCACUUAUGGACGUCACCGGAAGGGAGAGUAAAUCUCUGGUCAAAUCACUGCUCACAUACAUCUGCAGUAUAGUGUCGAUUGUGGCCCACAUUUUGACAAUCAAUUUGAUCAUCAGAUCCCGGCAGCGAUUUGCCGCCAUCAACGCCAGAAACGCCGAUCUCUGCGAAAUGCGAGCCAUAAUUACCACCAAUUUGUGCGUCUGUUUAAUGAUCACAAACUUUUUGGUGAUUAUAGGGAUGGAUAGGACCAACAUUUUGUGGUUGUGUCAGUUGUCGUCGGCAUCACUACUGUAUUCACUGUUGAGUUCAUUCUCGUGGAUGCUUUUGGAGGGCUAUUAUCUGUACAAGUCUUUGGUCGCGUGUUUUAACUCCCAAUUCCGGGCCCGAUAUCUAUACCUCACGGGUUACGGACUGCCGCUCGCAAUACUUAUUGUCUCCUUUAUUACCAUUUAUUUCAAAGAGAAUAUUCUGUGGGAAAUAUUCUUCGAUGAAAGAUAUAAUUAUUUUUUUGGUUCGUUGAACUGGACGUACGGUUUUGAGCGCAAACUAACACACAUUAUAUGCCAUCCGUUAAACACUUACGACAAAAAUGAAGAUAAUUUUGCGGACAUUGCGCUCAUGAGAGUCGCCGAACCGAUACGACCGGUCAAUGUGUUUGGCUAUUAUCAAAUAAACAGCAUUUGUCUGCCAAAAGCGGGACAACAGUUUACGGGCGCCGCGACUCUGGCCGGUUGGGGAGUCACCCGAUGGCGGCAUCCAAUCAGCGAUAUGUUUAUUUAUGAGAAAACUCAAAUUCUACAAAGAGCUCCUAAUAUGCCGAUUGUUAAUAUGAAGACGUGUCAGUCCAUGUAUUCAGUGACCACACGGUUUAAAUUGUCCCAAUAUUUAGACGACAAUAUUGUUUGCUGUGGUGGCCAUCAAAUGGGCAGUUGGUCUGGCGAUUCCGGUGGACCCCUUGUCUACUAUAAUGUCACCUCUGGAAAGGCUGUCAUCAUAGGCGUGGCCUCAAUGGCCGAGCCGUACGAUUGGGAGCGACCGUCACUUUUUACACGAGUGGCCAAAUAUGUGGAUUGGAUUCACGAAGAUAUUAUUGACAAUUACAAUAGUGUUGAUCCAAUUGAAGCCAAUAGUGAGUUUGAUCUGAAUGGCGUCAAAUGUGGUCUAAAACACGCGGAGAAUUACAUAGUGGGCGGACAGACGGCCGCUGUGGGCGACUUCCCAUUCCUGGUGCUCAUCAAACUCAAUGGUAAUACCGUAUGCGGCGGUGCUAUCAUUGACAACAUAUGGGUUGUCACCGCCGCCCACUGUUUCAAAGACAAAGAGCGCCAGAUAGCCGACUAUACAGUACACGCCGGGGCCAACACCUUACACGAUGGCGAUAUCUAUAAGUUGUCCGCAGUUAGAUUUUCGUUUGACGGAAUGAAUCACGACAUCUGUCUCAUCAAAAUGGACCGACCGUUCAGUUUCGGCGCAAAAGUGGGCACAAUAUGUCUGCCUCGGACGCAGAGGGAGGAGCCUUCGGGCACCUUAACCGCCGCCGGUUGGGGUCGACUCUUUGAAAAGGAAGCGCCGGCAACAGUGCUCCAGAGAGUCGAUCUGACCAUUAUUAGCGACGAGCAGUGCGCCACUAUGUAUACGGAUAAACAUGUCACCAUAAUGCGGUCAAAUAUGUGCACUUACCGCGAGGGUCAUGAUACAUGCGAGGGAGAUUCGGGUGGGCCAGCAUUUCAAUCUCACAACGGAAGGUUCAAAUUGUUAGGUGUCGUCUCUUUUGGUGAGUAUUGA